CUCCAGCUUGUGAUGGGGAAAUUUACAUCUAGGGGCUCCGUCAGCCAAGGACGCUUGAACCAGAGGGCUAUCAACAGGCGACUCUGCCUGGAGAUUUCUCCGCAGCUCAUGGCAACGCCUAAGCCACCUGGGCGCAGGGAGCGCGGAGGACAAGGUGCCUGGUUGACCGGCUGGCCCCAGACUUGGUGCUGGGUGUGGGGAUGACCCGCGCGGGUAGGACUGUGCCCAGCACUCUGACCCGCUAGCGCAGGCUCCGCACUCAGCCCCUGCGGCGGCGGUGUGCUGGCUUGGUAGGCAUUUGCAGCCCUGGAGCGUGGGGCGCGCCAGGGGGCUUUCAUCCUUGCUUAAAGCUCCAUUUCCAGCCUUCCUCUGGCCAAACUUGAGCAAAAACCUCUUUUCUGUGCAAGAGUAGACUCGGGAGCUCUGGAAUCUCCUAUCAACGCCCUUCUGCGUUUGAACUGAUCGAUUUCUUAUUUAUUUAGAAUGAGCUCUGCCUAAGUCUAAUAAAUGACGGCUCUUCAGCGUGCCUGCUUUAUGAACCCCUAAUCACAGCCUCCAUCCCACCGCCUGGUUGGGUUUAGGAUUGCUAACUGGCUUCUCAGGCUCUGUGUUCAAGUAUUGCUGACCAUCCUUCCCUCUCCUCCUUCCCCAACUCUCAAGAAUCUGGAGGGCGCUGGGGUGGGGGAGAGAGAGUUGCAUUUCAACUCGGAGCUAGAGCUGGGCAUAGAAGGUUGAAGUUAAAAGCAAAGAGGGAGGGUGGGGAGCCGUUUAGCUUGUCUCGUAGCCACUUUCAAGUUGGGCUUUUAUUUUUCCGUUUCCCUUUUUCUGGGGGCGGGGUGGGAGGUAGGAGGAUCUGGGACCGGAGCGCUCUCCUCCGGCGUCCACUCGGAGAGGGGGUGGUGCUUCUUGGCGCCUGGUGACUUCUGGUUCUGCAGCCAAGCAGUGGCAGAGUUUAAGUCUCUGACGGCUGUUGUCCUAGUCCCCAAGAGUUGAACCAGAGAGCGUCUUACUUUGCACCAGGUCGAGUACGUGAUCAGCCAUUUAGAACAGGGACCUCCUUUUAAUGGGAAUCCGGCUAGGAAACGCUGGGGAGGCUCUGUCUCCCAGGAUAAGAUGUUUGUUUCCAGCUGUGUGAGAUGCCAACCGGAGGCUGGAAAAGAGGAAGAGGUGACUAGGGUUGCGAAAUAACCCUACUGUUGCUUACAAAUAUUCUAGCCAGUCAGAUGUAUGUAAGCAGAGAAGACGGCACCAGGGUAUAAAACUGUCACAGCAGCUUCGAAGACAGAUGAUUCAGAUUUGGGGACUUUUUCUUUUGCGUGCUAUUUAGAUUUGUCAUCAUGCAGUUAAGCAGGUGUUGAGGGAAAGCUAAGAGAAUGAAGGCUCUAAAUCCCCAGUGGAAGCAUGAUAUGGCGGAGCAGAGCUGGUGCUGAAUUGUUCUCUCUGAUGGCUCUAUGGGAGUGGAUAGCCCUGAGUCUUCAUUGCUGGGUUUUAGCGGUUGCUGCUGUUUCGGAUCAGCAUGCCACAAGCCCCUUCGACUGGCUCCUCUCUGAUAAGGGACCCUUCCAUCGCUCACAGGAAUACACAGAUUUUGUGGACAGAAGCCGGCAGGGAUUUAGCACAAGAUACAAGAUAUACAGGGAGUUUGGCCGCUGGAAAGUAAAUAACCUUGCAGUUGAGAGAAGAAAUUUCCUUGGCUCCCCUCUGCCUCUUGCCCCUGAAUUCUUCCGCAACAUAAGACUUUUGGGACGUCGACCUACCCUUCAGCAAAUCACAGAAAACCUUAUCAAGAAAUAUGGGACUCAUUUCUUGCUAUCUGCUACUCUGGGAGGAGAGGAGUCACUCACAAUCUUUGUGGACAAGCGGAAGCUGAGCAAGCGAUCUGAAGGAAGUGACUCCAGCACCAACAGCUCUUCGGUUACUCUGGAGACGCUCCAUCAACUAGCCGCUUCCUAUUUCAUUGACAGGGACAGCACCCUUCGGAGACUCCACCACAUUCAAAUUGCAUCCACCGCCAUAAAGGUAACAGAAACACGGACGGGUCCUCUUGGCUGCAGUAACUACGACAACCUGGAUUCUGUCAGCUCAGUUCUGGUUCAGAGUCCUGAGAAUAAGAUUCAGUUGCAAGGGUUGCAAGUGCUGCUUCCGGACUAUCUUCAGGAGCGUUUUGUUCAAGCAGCCUUGAGUUACAUUGCUUGCAAUUCCGAGGGAGAGUUUAUCUGCAAGGACAAUGACUGCUGGUGUCAUUGUGGUCCCAAAUUUCCAGAAUGCAACUGCCCCUCCAUGGACAUUCAAGCCAUGGAAGAGAAUCUUCUUCGAAUAACUGAAACCUGGAAAGCCUACAACAGUGACUUUGAGGAAUCAGAUGAAUUCAAGUUCUUUAUGAAAAGGCUCCCCAUGAAUUAUUUCCUCAACACAUCUACCAUCAUGCACUUGUGGACAAUGGAUUCUAAUUUCCAGCGCCGCUAUGAACAAUUGGAGAGCAGCAUGAAGCAACUUUUCCUAAAGGCGCAGAAAAUUGUACACAAGGUCUUUAGCCUCAGCAAGCGGUGUCAUAAACAACCCCUCAUCAGCCUGCCAAGACAAAGAACCUCCACCUACUGGCUCACGCGCAUCCAGUCUUUCCUCUACUGCAACGAGAACGGCCUGCUGGGCAGCUUCUCGGAGGAGACGCACUCGUGCACGUGUCCCAGCGACCAGGUGGCCUGCACCACGCCCCUGCCCUGCGCGGUAGGCGACGCCGCUGCCUGCCUGAGCUGCGCCCCCGACAACCGCACCCGCUGCGGCGCCUGCAACACGGGCUACAUGCUGAGCCAGGGCCUCUGCAAGCCCGAGGUCGCCGAGGCCACGGACCAUUACAUUGGCUUCGAGACCGACCUGCAAGACCUCGAGAUGAAGUACCUGUUGCAGAAAACAGACAGACGAAUAGAAGUCCACGCCAUCUUCAUCAGCAACGACAUGCGCCUCAACAGCUGGUUUGACCCCUCCUGGCGGAAGCGCAUGCUGCUCACCUUGAAGAGCAACAAGUACAAGUCCAGUUUGGUCCAUAUGAUCCUGGGGCUGUCGUUACAGAUUUGCUUAACUAAAAACAGCACCUUGGAGCCCGUGUUGGCUGUCUACGUCAAUCCCUUCGGAGGCAGCCACUCUGAGAGCUGGUUUAUGCCUGUGAAUGAAAACAGCUUUCCAGACUGGGAGCGGACUAAGCUGGACCUCCCCCUGCAGUGCUAUAACUGGUCCCUGACUCUGGGGAACAAAUGGAAGACCUUUUUUGAGACCGUCCACAUCUACCUGAGAAGCCGCAUCAAGUCCAACGGCCCCAAUGGCAAUGAGAGCAUUUACUACGAACCUCUGGAAUUUAUUGACCCUUCGCGGAACCUGGGCUAUAUGAAAAUCAAUAACAUUCAAGUGUUUGGCUACAGCAUGCACUUUGACCCUGAAGCAAUUCGGGACCUGAUUUUGCAGCUGGACUACCCCUACACUCAGGGAUCCCAGGACUCAGCACUUUUGCAACUUCUAGAGAUAAGAGACCGUGUAAAUAAACUCUCCCCACCUGGUCAGCGUCGUCUAGAUCUUUUCUCUUGCUUGCUUCGUCACAGACUCAAGCUGUCUACUAGUGAGGUGGUCAGGAUCCUGUCAGCUCUGCAGGCAUUUAACGCCAAAUUGCCAAACACAGUGGAUUACGACACGACCAAAUUAUGUAGUUAACCGUAAAUGUCAAGCACAACCCAAAAUCUUGAAGGAGUUUUUACAGUGCUUUUGUGGAACAGUUUAUGUUUGGAAGAGUAAAUUUAAAUUGUCUUUUCAAUAUCUGUCUUAUAUCAGUCAAUAACGUUGUAUGGCAAUUUACACUCAUGAACUCGCUGACAAUGAAUAUAUUAUACUGCGGUUUUGGUUUAUGAAUGAAAUAAAUACUGACACCAGUCUAGAAGACAUUCUACUUUUUACAAUAAAUUUCAUUUGUAAUUUUA